CGUUCUGGCUCUGGAAUGGACGACCGGACCAGGGAUUGACCUUGAAACUAUUAUAAAUUGCUUGCGUCUUGACGUUUUUAGACCAAAUGGAAGGUUGGUGUACACCAUUUGUAAAUGGGAAACCUUGACCGAGUCAUCGCACCAAAAGUGUCACUGCUUCUCGCUUGCUCAAAGUUGGCAGGGAGCGAGUUCGAUUCGAAGGGAUGCCCGCGAGCCUGGAUCUGGACGCAGGUCCAGGCGACCUCGACUGUUUGUCGGCGCCCUUACGCCCCGACGUCGACCCAGAUAUGCUCCCUGAGCCGAGCUACUUCACCGAGCUCCAAUUGCUGGACUGUUGGGCCGAUUUGCGGCAGCAGACCGCCGGCGCAACUGGCGCUAGUGCUAUCUCCCAGGAUGUCGCGCAUCCGAUCCUCAACGACAAGAGAGGCCAGUUUGGCUUGCUCGACGUGGAGGACAUGAACGAGCUCUGCGACUCAAGCCUGAAAGUCGGACAUGAAGAGGGGGCUGAGGAUGAUUUUCGGCCGAAACUGAUGGUCUGUCAUGAUCACAAGGGAGGCUACAAGGAACAGCCUGAUGCACAGUGUUAUACCUUCGAGCAUUGGCAACUUGCAGACUAUUUUGUCUAUUUUUCACAUCAUCGUGUCACCGUGCCACCCCCAGCUUGGAUCGAAGCGGCACACCGGCACGGCACCAAGAUCCUCGGGACGUUGAUAUUCGAAUGGAAGGAAAGCAUUGCCGAGCUAUCGCUCCUUCUUCGCGGUCCCGAAUGCGAGCACAUCCCGUUGCUGGGGCCAUCGUGCAUCAACCACAGGAGCGUCGCCAACGACACUGCAGCAGCUGCGCUCCUCUUUUCGCCUCAUUUUGCUGAUGUGCUCAUCACCCUUGCGCUUCAGCGCGGCUUUGAUGGCUAUCUAAUCAACGUCGAGGUCCCGCUCGAUCUCGGCUUCCAAUGCAGUGGCGAGCCAUGGCCGUGGUGGGUCCGGUCGCGCGUGCGGCACAUCGAGAUGCAAAAGAAUGCUACGCGUCUGCGAGCGUGGGUCGCUUAUCUGCGCUUCGAGGGACGUCGAAGGGUGGGAAUUGCGAAUGCACGCAAGAGCGAGCGCGCUGCAGGACGGAACCGGCGUCGCGAGAGCUGGCACGUUGCGUGGUACGACAGCGUGACAAUCGACGGCGAGCUUGCGUGGCAGGACGCGUUGACGCCAGCCAACCAGGCCUUCUUCGAAGUCGCCGACUCGAUCUUCACGAACUACACCUGGGUGCGGCCGCCAGAGGCGCUGCCGCCGGGCCAGUUCCCGCAGUCGGUGCAUAGCUACACGGGCGCGCCGCAGGACGGCGGCUUCCACCCUGCGCUCGUCGCGUCUGCGCGGCUCGCCGAGCAGAUGCGCCGCGCACGCAGCGACGUCUUUGUUGGUAUUGACGUCUUUGGCCGCAAUUGCUGCGGCGGCAUGGACUGCUGGAAGAGCCUCGAGAUGAUCAUGCCACAUCGCACUCGCGAAAGGGACGAAGCGCCACCUGCAGGAUUGAGCGUUGCGCUCUUCGCGCCUGGAUGGACGUGGGAACACGACGAGCCAGCCGAUCAGCCAGGUCAUCGGAGUUGGGAAGACUGGUGGAACGAAGACCAGCAGUUCUGGCGGCAGCGACAGCGACAGCGAAAAGAGCAGACGCCCGGCGACGCGUUCGCCCUCAGCCGCUACUUCCCCCCACGAGUUUGGGAGCUGGACUACCACUUCUUUUUGAUCGGCGCUCAGAGCUUUUACACCAAUUUUGCCAUGGGCUCCGGCUGCAAGUGGUUCGUCCGAGGUGCCUGCGUGCGCGACUGGAGCGAAGAGAGGCUUGAUGCUACCGUAAGUGGAUGGACGGACGUCGCUGCCAGCAUGCCACAGCCUCAUUGGCUUUUACAAGAUCCCGUAAGUUCAACGUCAGCGCCAUCUCCUCAGGUCGCUGGACCCGACAGCCGCGGCUUGGACAUGGAAACGACAACGAGCGAUGCUUGGUCUGGCAACACUUGCAUUCGCGUCAGGGUGCGGUUGAGCAAGAGUAGGAGCGGGGUGAACGGCCGCGCGGGGGUCUUUAUACCCUUCUUCAGGCUGCGGCUGACCGAGGCAACGCCUGCAGGGUUAGCAGAUCAUGUAGAGGGUCUCAUGGUCCAAAUCACCGCUGUCAUCAAGAAACAGGACAGCGCUGCCAGUAGCGCCUGGACUGUGCGGCCGCACCUGAGAGCUGCAGGCGCGAGCGAGGUGCAUGAGGCAGGUCCAGCAGGUGCUCAGCCCGACGCUGCAAGGGUGGCCUCACUGGGAUGGCGGGGGACCGAAGCAUGGUUCCGCUGGCCUCAGACCGCCGAGGAGGCCGAGCUAGGCGUCUUGGUUGCGCGGGAUCACGAGUUGCUUCAAGAACGAGAGGAGGAUGAAGCGGCCACAGUCAACUUUUUCGUCGGCGCCCUGUGUCUCCGGUCAAAGGCCGCAGCAGAGAGACAGCAGAAGGAGGCUGUGAUUUCUGUCCAAACUGCAGCUGCAGCGCCAGUACAAGAAGCGAGAGAUUCGGGGACAGUCUCGAUAAGCAGCGCCGCUAGCAGCAGCAGCAACAGGGGCUUCGCGAUCCUCGAAUGGGCAGACUUUGCACCCGACGCGCCAUUUUACGAGCUCUUUACACGACGUUCGCCCGAGGCGGGUGGAGCGAGGGAGGAUCAGGAACAAUGGCUCUGCACGGCUACGCGCGAGUACGGGAGGACGGAAGUGGUGCUCUCGAGUGAGCGCACCGCCGGGCGAGAGGUCGUUGUGCGCUCUCUCUUUUGAAUGCAUCGCAAGAAGCCAUUCACCGUGCAGCGCAGUAGGGGGGAUCAGAUUUUGGAGUCCAACCAGAAACAACCAAACCAUGUCGCUGCCUUGUUCCGUUCCGCUCUUUUUUCGUGGGUUUUCUUCUUUUUUUCUUUUUUUUCGAGCGCUCUCUCGCUAUUCUCGGCUACUGCCAAAAGAUUUUGGAAAGAUAAAAAAAUUCAUCCAGCGC